GCACGAAAAAGUUCUCCUUGGGUACUUGCAUUCUACUCGAGUACCGGUACCGUAAGAACUGGAAUACCGGUACCGUAAUCGAACCUCAUUCCAGGACGUUGGGGCUGCCUCUCCCACUGAGGCCUGCCCUACUUUUCUUUUUAUCUGCCUCAAUGGAGGGCCGAAAACUAGCUUUUUUGGGGUGAUUCCCCCCGCUAUCGAAAGAGGGGAAUUCUGGACGCCUCAGCAUGAGGCUCGAUUAUUUCAAUUCUUGGUACGUACCAGUAUUUGAAACCCAGCUGGACUGAUACGCGCCUGUGUCCUUCAGUUUGAGAAUCGUCGCGGCAGCGGGAUUUUUGGGGUUUUCUUACCCAGAGUUAAUUGCUUGGCCUAAACGUCUCUAGUAAUUUUUUGUUCCGGCAGUGCAGUAGUAAUGGAGAAUAUCUCCUUUGACAAACAAGGUGUUCCUAAUUGGCGGCAGCAGCGUUAUUGGCCUGGACGGGCGAUAUCUAGGAGCUUCUCCCUAGUGUGGUCGCCAAUUCUGAUAUCCCCGCUUCCUCUGAAUUGCGGGUUACUCUUAUCCCUUCCUAGCACUCCCGCUAUCUUGCGGGUUGUGGAAAGGCUGUUAUCAACUGUGGCAAACUUGACUUAUUGAUAAAGUGCUGCGAUGGAUUAUUUUCUGGACCUUCUCUGUCUCGUUAUCCUCCUGUUUCUAAGUCGUUAUUCAUCUAGCCCCACAAAAAUCCCCGUAACAAUUGACCUUUCUCUGACUACCAAGAGCGAAGACACAAUAUUAGCGCCGGUGGUGAUGGACAGCAAACCUUCAAUUGCCAAUGAGGAUGGCCCGACUGAAACGAAUGGAGCCAACGGAAUGACGAAUGAUAUGUCAGGUGGUGAAAAUGGCACAGCCCCACCAUCGCCCCAAAGAAAACGAAUAGUAAUUGUUGGCCUGGGGAUGGUAGCAAUUGCAUUCAUUGAAAAGAUCCUAAAGCUUGAUGCCGAAAGCAAACAGUACGAGAUCGUGGUUAUCGGGGAGGAGUCUCAUGUGGCAUACAACCGUGUGGGAUUGACUUCAUUUUUCGAACACCGAAAGGUCGAGGACCUCUACUUGAAUCCAAAAGAAUGGUAUGAAUCAAAACCGGGUGUCCUAAACCACAAAAUCAACACCAAAGUCACAGCCAUCGAUCCUAUAUCAAAAUCAAUAACAACAUCCGCCGGCUACGAUGUAACCUACGAUAUUCUAGUGUUAGCAACUGGCUCCGACGCUGUUGUCCCAUCAAAUACGCCCGGACAUGACAGCGAGGGAGUAUUUGUUUACCGGAAUAUCGAGGAUUUGGAGAAGUUGAUAUCAUUCUCUGCCACAGUAAAUGAAUCAACCGGUUGUGUAGUGGGUGGUGGAUUACUUGGUCUUGAAGCCGCGAAAGCGAUGAUGGACCUCGAGCGGUUUAAAUAUGUCAAGCUAAUUGAUAAAAACCCUUGGGUUUUGUCAAGACAGCUAGAUCAAGAUGCCGGGAGAUUGGUGCUUGAGAAGGUUACAGAGCUGGGACUUGACGUAUUAAGUUGCAGAAAGAUUAAGACGAUCAAUUCCGACGAGAAUAAUCAAACCAAGAGUGUCACGUUUGAGGAUGGAGAGACCAUGGAAACUACAUGUAUUUGCUUUGCAAUUGGUAUCAAACCUAGAGAUGAGCUCGCUGAUAGUGCCGGAAUCAAGACUGCCAGUCGCGGGGGUUUUAUUAUUAACAAAGACGUCGAAACAACAGUCCCUGGGAUUUAUGCGAUCGGGGAAUGUGCUUCAUGGGAAAACCAAACUUUCGGUCUGAUUGCUCCCGGAGUCGAGAUGGCCGACGUCCUUGCAUUCAAUCUCUGCAAAUCGACUUCGCAUGGCCAUUCUGAGGCACCAAAAGCUUUCAGACGCCCUGAUCUCUCAACCAAACUGAAGUUGCUUGGUGUCAAUGUCGCUUCCUUUGGUGACUUUUUCGCGGACCGGGAUGGACCUAAAGAGUUGCCUGGUCGCUCUCCAAGCCAGGAGAGGAGAGGAAGGGAAGUCAAGGCACUUAGUUACAGAGAUCCCUUCCAGGCUGUUUACAAAAAGUACAUUUUUACGUCAGAUGGAAAAUAUCUACUUGGUGGCAUGAUUAUUGGGGACACAAUGGACUAUAUUAAACUCGUAGGAAUGGUCAAGUCCAAGAAAGCGUUGGAAGUCCCGCCUUCGCAAUUAAUAUUAGGCGCAAAAACCGAGGGAGAGGAGAACCCAGACGACUUGGACGACGACACCCAAAUUUGCUCAUGCCACAACGUAACGAAAGGAGAUAUUAGCAAAGCGGUGAAAGACGGCAGCUGCAAGAGCUUGGGAGAUGUCAAGUCUUGCACAAAAGCCGGCACCGGAUGUGCUGGCUGCAUACCACUCGUUCAGACAAUCUUCAAUGCAGAGAUGAAGGCCAUGGGAGCCGAAGUUUCAAAUCAUCUUUGCCCACACUUCGCCUACUCCCGUGCUGACCUUUUCAAUAUUAUUAGAGUGAAGGAAAUAAAAACCUUCCCUGAAGUAAUGCGCGAGUGCGGUAAAGAUCCCGAAUCGCUUGGCUGUGAGGUAUGCAAGCCGACUAUGGGGUCUAUAUUUUCUUCUCUCUUCAACCAGCAUGUAAUGGAUAAACCUUUGCACAUGCUUCAAGAGACGAACGAUAAGUUCCUUGCAAACAUUCAGCGAAACGGGACCUUCUCGGUUGUUCCUCGGGUGCCCGGCGGGGAAAUCACGCCCGAUAAACUCAUCGCUAUUGGUACAGUAGCGAAGAAAUAUAGUUUGUAUUGCAAGAUCACUGGUGGGCAGAGGAUUGAUAUGUUCGGUGCGCGAAAACAAGACUUGGUGGCCAUCUGGUCAGAGCUUGUAGAGGCGGGGAUGGAGAGUGGGCAUGCUUACGCUAAGAGUUUGAGAACAAUCAAGAGCUGUGUAGGGACUACAUGGUGCCGCUUCGGUGUCGGCGACAGUGUUGGCAUGGCAAUCAGGCUGGAAGAGCGGUACAAAAGUAUUCGUGCGCCACAUAAAAUUAAAUCUGGUGUUUCGGGAUGUAUUCGGGAAUGUGCAGAAGCCCAGAACAAAGACUUCGGCCUUAUUGCCACCGAGACAGGGUACAACAUCUUUGUUGCUGGAAACGGGGGCUCCAAGCCUCGCCACUCCGAACUCUUAAUCAAGGAUUGUCCCGUAGAAAGGGUUAUCCCGAUCCUGGACCGCUACCUAAUGUUCUACAUCCGUACCGCAGACAGGCUCCAGAGAACAGCCCGCUGGAUUGAAAAUCUCCCGGGAGGAAUCAAAUACCUAAAGGAAGUAAUCCUGGACGACAAGCUCGGGAUUUGCGACCAGCUCGAAAAGGAAAUGCAAGACUUGGUGAAGACCUACUUCUGCGAAUGGACGGAAGUUGUGAAAGACUCAGAGCGACGAAAACAAUUCCAGCAAUUUGCCAACACCUCCGACGCCAGCGAGACCGUAGAAAUUAUCAACGAGCGCUCCCAAUCCAGGCCAACAUACUGGCCCAAAGGAAGUGUAAAAUACGACUUCAAAAACCACCGCUGGUCAAAUCUAGCCUGGCAACCCAUCAUCGAAGCCUCAUACUUCUCUAGCGCGAAUCUCUCAACACCCGUAACUGCUGCGGUCAAGCGGGGUGAUACCCAGCUCGCCAUCUUCAAAGUGAGAGGCAAAUACUACGCCACCCAGCAGAUGUGUCCUCACAAGCGGGCCUUCGUCCUCUCGGACGGCCUGAUAGGCGAAGACCCGGACGACGGCACGGAAGAGUGCAAGGAGAAGAGGAAAAUGUGGGUCAGUUGCCCGUAUCACAAGAGGAACUUCACACUUGACGGCAAGACUCCCGGCGGAUGUGCGAACGACGAAGAGGUCAGUAUUGCGACGUUUGAUGUGGAAGAGAGAAGUGACGGGUGGGUUUACUUGAAGUUGCCGAGUGUGGCGGAGUUGGACGCCUUGCUAGGGACCGAGAGGUGGAAGGUCAAGAAGGAGGAGUCGGAAGAUCCGUUUAAGGACAUGGACAAAAAGAUUAAUAGUAGUAACAAGGGACGGAAGGCUGUUAAGCCCACCGAGGCCGCGGGUGGGAAUGGAAGUCCGACGGAGAAGAAGAUCAAUGGGCUAGAGUGGUAGAAUGGGCAUGGGUGUACUCUUUUUGUGCUGUACAUAUAUGGUUUUAUUCUCGGAGUUUUGUAGAACUGUCCUAGGAGAUACACGAACCUCCUGUUAAAUUUCAGCUGCCUCUCUUCAACAUCGCUCACUGAUAUUUUUUUUCGUUGAGCAUUCUUACUUGGCGAGAGCGCAUCGUAACUUCUGUGUA